UUAUUUUAACAUCUGUGAUAAACUUGAGUGCUUGCCUCAUGUACUCUGGAACCGUAUGCCUCUGUCGUAGUACAUUGUGAUGAGUUAAUUUUAUGGUGUUUCUAGGUACAACUUCAACAUGUUGACGGGUUGGAGGCUUGCCCUGUCAAAAUUAUUUUUCAUACCUCAGCGGUAUGUGUUCGCAAUCAUGGCCCUGUUGGCGAUCGCCAACGCUUACACGAUGCGGGUGUGUCUCAACAUGGCCAUCACUCAGAUGGUGAGAAAGACGACGGCGGUGGAGGGCGACCCGCAUUACGACCCUAACGCGUGCCCGGACCCAAGCACGGAGACCGUCGUGUCAGGGAAUACGACUGCGGACACAUACCUUCAAAGCGAGGCAAUUUUAUUCGAAUGGAGCGAAGCCACCCAAGGUUUGCUACUCAGCGCCUUCUAUUACGGGUACGUCCUAACGCAUAUUCCGGGGGGUAUGCUGGCGGAGCGGUACGGAGGCAAAUGGGUUCUCGGCUUGGGUCUCCUCUCUACUGCAGUUUGCACAUUCGUCACCCCUGUUGUGACUAAAAUGGGAGGAGCACCGGCACUGUUCGCCUUGAGAGUUAUUGAAGGGUUUGGUGAAGGUCCAACUAUGCCUGCACUAAUGUCAAUGGUAUCCCGCUGGGCUCCAAAGAAUGAACGUGCGAGGAUAGGUUCCAUUGUGUUUGGAGGUGCUCAGAUUGGAAACAUUGCUGGAACGUUCUUCUCUGGAAUAGUUUUAAGCGACGGGGUCUGGGACAACGUGUUUUACUUGUUCGGAGGUUUGGGGCUGAUUUGGUUUGCUCUUUGGAUUGUCCUCUGCUACAGCACGCCUAACACUCACCCGUACAUAUCCGACAAGGAAAAGAAGUACUUAAACGAGAAUGUAGCAUCGCUGAUCAGCACCGCUGAACACGAGUUAGACCCAGUACCUUGGAAGGCGCUGUUGCGCUCCGUGCCAUUGUGGGCUUUAAUUAUUGCGGGAGUCGGACACGAUUGGGGAUACUUCACAAUGGUCACCGAUCUCCCCAAGUACAUGACGGACGUUCUGAAGUUCAACAUCAAGGCGGCUGGGGUGUUGUCUUCCGUGCCCUACAUCGCUAUGUGGAUAGCCGCCUUCUUCUUCGGUCUGCUGUGUGACUUCUGUGUCAAACGCGGAUAUCACAGUAUUCUUAAUGCAAGAAAAAUCUAUACUACAAUCGCUGCGACGGGCCCCGGUAUUUGCAUGAUCAUGGCUUCGUACUCCGGCUGCGAUACUACGCUGGCCGUGUUCUGGUUCGUGGCAGCCAUGACACUCAUGGGCGCGUAUUACAGCGGCAUGAAGAUCAACGCCUUGGACAUCACGCCGAACUACGCUGGCACCACCACGGCCAUGGUUAACGGCAUAGCAGCCAUAUCUGCCAUUAUAACGCCGUAUCUCAUUGGCCUUUUGACUCCACAGUCGACCUUAGUGCAAUGGCGGAUAGCAUUCUGGGUAUGUCUCGCGGUGUUAGUGAUCACCAACAUCAUAUACAUCAUCUGGGCGCAAGGAGAAGCUCAGUGGUGGGACGAUGUCAAAAAGUACGGCUAUCCUCCCAACUGGAAACAUGGACCUCUGCCCACCAAGAAGAAAGACAGUGAAGCGCCAACUAGUGAAAGUAAAGAAAAGGAGAAAUAUUGACUAAAAUGACAAUUAGUGUAAGUAAUUAUAAAAUGGUUUUAAGUUAUAGUUUAUUUCAAGAG